ACCCAAAUGUAAGCGUAUUUCAGAGAAAAUUUGUCAACGAAGUAAAGAAGUGUGAAGAGAUGGAAAGAAUACUUGGGUAUUUAGUACAAGAAAUUAAGAAGGCAGAUAUUCCACUUCCUGAAGGAGAUGUUGCUCCUCCUGCCCCCUUGCUGAAACACGUUUUAGAAAUCCAGGAACAAUUGCAGAAGCUGGAGACAGAAUUGAGAGAAGUAACUAAAAACAAAGAGAAGCUGAGGAAAAAUCUGCUUGAGCUGACAGAAUACACGUUCAUGUUAGAUGUCACGCAGCGAUUUGUCAGGAGAACAGCUGAGUACGACUCCCAUUUACAUGCAAAUUACGAAGAAUUUCCAUCUGUGGAAAAUGAGCCAUUAGUGGAUUACAACUGUAUGCACCGACUGGGUGCCAAGCUGGGAUUCGUAUCUGGGUUAGUUCACAUAGCAAAAGUUGAAGCGUUUGAAAAAAUGCUGUGGAGGGUCUGCAAAGGCUACACUAUUCUUACGUAUGCCGAGUUGGAUGAGUGUCUGGAAGACCCAGAUACAGGCGAAAUCACAAAGUGGUAUGUUUUUUUAGUGUCCUAUUGGGGUGAACAGAUUGGCCAGAAAGUUAAGAAGAUUUGUGAUUGCUAUCACUGUCAUGUGUAUCCCUAUCCAAACACCACGGAGGAGCGCAAGACAGUUGUUGAGGGACUAAAUGUUCGUAUUCAGGAUCUUCACACUGUGCUGCAUAAAACUGAGGAUUACUUACGCCAAGUCCUGUGUAAAGCAUCCGAAUCCAUCUAUACGUGGGUUAUCCAAGUGAAGAAGAUGAAAGCCAUUUAUCAUGUACUCAAUCUGUGCAGUUUUGAUGUCACAAAUAAGUGUUUAAUUGCUGAGGUUUGGUGUCCGGUGGCUGAUCUGCAGAACUUGCGCCAUGCCUUGGAGGAAGGUUCAAGGAAGAGUGGAGCUACAAUUUCUUCAUUCAUGAAUACCAUCCCAACAACACAACCUCCUCCAACUUUGAUACGUACCAAUAAAUUCACCUCAGGGUUCCAAAACAUCGUUGAUGCUUAUGGAGUUGGAAACUAUGGGGAAGUUAAUCCAGCUCUCUACACCAUCAUCACUUUUCCCUUCUUGUUUGCGGUUAUGUUUGGAGACUUUGGGCAUGGUCUGCUAAUGUUCAUAUUUGCACUCCUGACAAUACUGUAUGAAAACCACCCCAGACUACGAAGAUCACAAGAUGAGAUAAUGAAAAUGUUAUUUGAAGGCCGGUAUGUUAUUUUAUUAAUGGGUCUGUUUUCUAUAUACACUGGAUUGAUCUACAAUGACUGUUUUUCAAAGUCAAUAAAUAUAUUUGGUUCUGGAUGGAAUGUUUCAGCAAUGUUUGAACAGAAGGUUUGGCGUCUUGUGGAUCUGAAAUCUAAUAAGUUUUUAACACUGGAUCCAAAUGUUACUGGUGUAUACAAUGGAGCUUAUCCAUUUGGAAUUGAUCCGAUCUGGAAUUUGGCAAGCAACCGUCUCAGUUUUUUAAAUUCUUUCAAAAUGAAAAUGUCUGUGAUUUUUGGAGUAACUCACAUGACGUUUGGAGUCGUGUUGGGGGUAUUUAACCACUUACAUUUCAAGAAGAAGUAUAAUAUUUAUUUGGUUUUUCUUCCUGAGCUUUUAUUCAUGAUGUGCAUCUUUGGCUACCUUGUGUUUAUGAUCUUCUUUAAAUGGUUAGCGUACUCUGCAGAGGACUCUACCUCUGCUCCUAGUAUCCUGAUUCAGUUUAUUAACAUGUUCCUGUUUCCUGGUGGUGAAACAGAUGUCUUCUACACCGGGCAGAUUGCUCUACAGAGGUUUUUACUUAGUAUUGCUUUUCUUUCUGUUCCUGUAAUGCUUUUUGGGAAACCACUGUAUUUGUAUUGGUUGCACGGUGGAGGCCGAGGCAUUAGAAUGUACAGGAGUGGCUACAAGCUAAUUCGAAAAGAAAGCGAAGAGGAACUCUCUCUGCUGAGAUGUCAUGAUGUGGAAGAAGGAAGCAGUCAUUCAGACAGUGGGCACAGAGAGAGCGAUGGAGAGGAGCUUAAUUUUGCAGAUGUCUUUAUGAAUCAAGCAAUUCACACCAUUGAAUACUGUCUGGGAUGUAUUUCUAAUACAGCGUCGUACCUGAGACUCUGGGCGUUAAGUCUUGCUCAUGCGCAGUUAUCAGAAGUUCUGUGGCAAAUGGUGAUGAGAGUGGGUCUUCGUGUGGAUACAACUUACGGUGUCUUACUGCUAGUCCCUGUUCUAGCCUUUUUUGCUGUGCUAACAGUUUUUAUUCUUUUGGUCAUGGAGGGGCUUUCUGCUUUUCUCCAUGCUAUACGACUUCACUGGGUGGAGUUUCAGAACAAAUUUUACUCUGGUGGAGGAUACAAGUUUACGCCUUUCUCUUUUAAGCACGUUUCUUUACAUUUUAAUAAAGAUGAUAUGGCAUAGUUUGGUUGCUGUCAGCAGAAGAGUUAUCUGCAAAUAAUCAUGUGGUUGGAUCUCACCUACGAAUGGCUUCUUGUAGGACAAAGUGUUCUUCACUGAUUGCCUUAUAAUGCAGCCAAAUAAUUCUGUAAUAUAUACCUCCCAUAGAAAUACAUAGCAGAUCUGGAGCAUCUUGUAAAGUAUAUAGAUACAAAAUGUACAUUUUUCUUGAUAAACUAAUGUUGUAAAUUAAUUUUAUUCUU